AGAGGAUCGGCACCUCCGUAUCUGCACAAUUGCACAGCCAUCAAGCCUCAAACUAAACGAUUCGGCAGGAUAUUGCGGUUAUCGAGGCGGUCAAUUAAGUCAGCAUACCCCCACUAAACCUCCCCACUAACUUAUGCUUCACAUGCUUGGUUUAGGUAUUCCGUACCUUAUUAUGUACCUAUUAACUACAUAUAGCUUUAAUGCUUACCUAUGUAUUGACAUUAACUCCUCCACACACUACAACUGCGGCCCGCCAUGAUAAACGCAGUUCUGGUCUUUAACGGCCAGGGCCAACCCAGGCUGACCAAGUUCUAUACUCAACUGGAAACUAGCAUCCAACAGCGCCUCAUCUCCGAGAUCUUCACUCUAGUUUCGAACCGGUCCGACGGAGCAUGCAAUUUCCUCCCUCUGCCCCCUCUGCUCGCCGCGUCCGGCACCUCGCAAUCUGCUUCCGAGCCUCACAAUGACGUCCCCUCGCUCGUGACCUACCGCCACUAUGCCACCCUCUACUUCAUCAUCAUAUCCACGUCGACCGAGUCGCCGCUAGCCCUCCUCGACCUGAUCCAGGUGUACGUCGAGUCGCUGGACAAGCUAUUCGAGAACGUCUGCGAGCUCGAUCUGAUCUUCAACUUCGAGACCCUCCACGCCGCCCUGAGCGAGAUGAUCGUAGGCGGCGUCGUCAUCGAGACGAACCUGGACCGCAUAGUGGCUGGCGUGCGAGCACAAGGCACCAUCGCAAAGCGACCGGUCAACGAGUCUAGGGGCACGGGACUGGGCGCCGGACUGGGCGUGGGAGGGCAUUUCGUAUGGCCCGGCAGGUGAUUCUCGUACAAUACGUAUGCAUAGACGCGGUGUCUGGAGUUUUAUAGGUUUACGGGUUGGGACAAGCAUUUUAAUAGAAUAUCCCGACUUUAUACGGGGUACAAAUGACAUCGAGUGGUGGUGAUAUUGCUUUACUUGGAAUUCGUAAUGGCUGCUAUAUCGGGAGUUCGUCUUUCGUCUCUCUGCGCGGG